AUGAAGACAUUGAAGGUGGCUAUUGAGGGAUGCUGCCACGGCGAUUUACAUAAUAUAUACAAGGGAAUACCUGCAUCUACUGAGCUUCUAUUGAUAUGUGGCGAUUUUCAAGCAUUGCGCAACAAGUCUGAUUUUCAAGCGUUGAAUGUGCCGGAAAAGUAUCGUCGCUUGGGCGAUUUUCAAUCCUACUACACUGGUGAGAAAAAAGCGCCCGUGCUUACAAUAUUCAUCGGUGGCAAUCACGAAUCGUCGUCAUAUUUACAGGAAUUGAAAUACGGGGGAUGGGUCGCGCCCAAUAUAUACUACCUUGGGGAAUUUGGGAGUAUAUUCUACAAGGGACUCUCAAUUUGCGGAUGGAGUGGUAUCUACAACCCGCACACAUACAUGAACCGGCCCUUUGACGUCGAAAGACUACCGUUUGAUUCACGUUCCAUAAGGAGUGUUUAUCACCAAAAAUUGAAAAACUUUUUGAAAAUGUACUUGAAAAGAGACGCAGAUGUUGUGUUGAGUCACGAUUGGCCAGUGGGUGUGGAGCAAUACGGCAACAAGGCGAAACUUCUGAAGCAAAAGCCUUUUUUCACUCAAGACAUCAACAAAGGACAAUUAGGGAGCCCGUUGAAUAAGGUAUUAUUGCAUCAUUUGAAGCCAAGAUAUUGGUUUAGUGGUCAUCUACACGUCAAGUUUGAAGCAAGUGUGAACCAUAACAAACCGCAGCACAAAACAAAAGUCCAAAAAAAUGCAAACGAGAUAUCUUUGGAUAUGGAUAGUCUGGAUGAAUCCAGUGAUGGUGAUACUCAGAAUCCGAAAAAACCCAAACCCAAUGGACAUGUGGAACACGAUACACAAUUUCUUGCGUUGGAUAAGUACGGUCCUCGUCGAAGUUACCUUGAAGUGAAAGAGAUUCCAAUCACGGAAAGCAAGGCACACCCUUCUAUGAAUUCGAAAGAGUUGUACUAUGACAAACAAGCCAUAGCGAUCAAUCGAGCUAUUGAAAAGUACGCACAGGACUACAAAGCUGAAUUUGAGCUGUUUGAGCCUAGAGUUGUACUUAGGGAUCAGGCACAGUUUAGAAAGUUUGAGCCGCUUGUUACAAAAGAGUUGGAGGAAUUAAACCAAAUGGAUGAUCAGAAAUUCAUCAUACCCGGAAAUUUUAAGGUAGUUGCGCCGGCUGAUUAUGAUGGUGAUCUAAAGUAUUUCCAAAACAACCAAACUGAGGAGUAUUGUGAAAAAUUCGGAAUACCUGCACCAACUUUUUAG